GAAGUGUAUCGGUCUUUUGGACUAGAGGGUUCCUUUUUAAUCACAGAUUUUAAAAUAGGAUCAGGGUUUCCAGAAAUCGUCAAACCGCCGCUCUCAUUCUUGUUGCGUAUGUUUCUGUUUAAGGCAAAGGGAUAAUUACACCAUAGAUCCUGUUAAUCCUGUUUGCAGCAGGGACUGGGUGUGGAAAGGGUUAAGAGGGCGGCAGUGGUAUUAAAUUCCCAGUGUAUGUGUUUCUCACUUGACUGCUCUGCUCUUUUUAAAUACGGUCCCCUCCUCUUCUCUCUAUCUGCCCACAAGUCUCUACUUUAUCGGGGAAUUUUAGUAGCUGUAACAUUGGCAUUGCGCCGGAGGGGAAGUCACCAGGGUGCACCAGCCGAGGGGAUCUAUGGGGCGAGCACUCUUCUCUCGGCCUAUGAUCCCGGCUCUCCGGGCAGAGGAGGGGGACCCCCAAGCUGUUCACUCAGCACCACCUACACCCCCUACGAAGAGGAAGAGCAAAUUCGCUGGCAUCGGGAAAUUUUUCAAGCCUUGGAAAUGGAGAAAGAGAAAGCCCAGUGAUACUUUCCGGGAAACGUCAGAGAUCUUAGAGAGGAAGAUCUCUAUGAGGAAACCCCGGGACGAGCUUGUGAAGAGAGGCGUAUUGGUGGAGGUCCCAGAGGAAGAUGUUCCAGAGGUAUCCAGUUCCCCUCCCUUAAGAAAUGGUCACUUGAGUGUGGUGCCUGCUGAGCCACAAGAGGAUGAAGUUGGGUUAAAAAAGAAUAGUCGACCAGAUUCAACAGUGGUUCGCCCCGUGUCUGAAGUAGAACCUGUGCAGGAUGUGCCACGUGAAACCUCCAAACAGCCCCUCUUACCCCCAAAGAGACCACUGUCGUCCAGCAGCUCGAUUAGCCAGGAAGUCCAUGUAGAGCAAAAUGUUGACUCAUCCCCGGUCACACCCCGGCAACAGAACUCUGCCCCUUCUCCUGCUCCUAGAACCAAGCUCCCACCCCCAGUCCAUAAACAGCCCCCUAUUCCACCCCCUAAACCUAUGAACCGCAACAGCAACCCGCUAAUGGCGGAGCUGAGUUUGGCUUUGGGAGGCACCACGCUGACACCUGCUGGCUCUCGACCAUCCCCUCCUCUUCCCAACAAACGUGGAGCUGUGCCCCCUACGGAUGUCAUGGUCAAUAAGGAAAAAACACAUCGCCCUAUCUCGCUUCCUUCUCCAAUGGUAGUUGAAGCCCCAGUACCAUCUCCGCCAUCACCACCGCUUCCAGAUCACAUUCCAGUAGCGCCUGUCCAAGAGAUGCCCCCUGUGGUUCCUACACAGAGCACCGAAGAGGAAAAUCGGGAGCUGCCUCCAAACCUCCCACUGCUACCGCUCCACAUCCGCAUUCAACAGGCGCUGAGCAGUCCUCAGCCAAUGCCCAGCAUGGAAAACGGUCAAAGGGCGCAUUCUCUACUCUUUAUGAACAACAAUGGAGGUGCGGGUGAGGAUGGGACGAGAGUGAGGUCUCUGCCUGUUACUAUUGAGCUUCUUAAAGUGCCUGAUGAUGAUGAUGACGAUGUCAGCCCAGAGGAUGAUAGCUUAUCUCCAGAGCAGCCUGAACAUGCCUCAAGAGUGUAUAUCGGGGAUGUGCCUUCCGUAACUAUCAUACCAAGCAAUGUACCAUCCAGUUUGCAAGAGGAGGAUGAGGAAGAUGAAGGUGUCAGUGACAGUGACUCUGAAGGGCCUAUCCUCUACAAAGAUGAUGAUGAUGACGAAGAUGAGGAAGAGACAAGCUCCCUGGCUAAUAAGGUCAGAAGGAAGGAUACUCUGGCCAUGAAGCUGAGUGGGAGGUCAGGGUCCCAAGAAUCUUCCACAGAGAUUCCACAUCGAAGCAAAGAGGAGUGGACUCAGAUCAGAGAGCAGAUUGGCUCCCAACUGAACCGGAGACUGAGUCAGAGACCUACAGCAGAGGAGCUGGAGCAAAGGAACAUCCUCAUACAAAAAAAUGAAGCUGACAGGCUAGCAGAAAAACGGGAGAUCAAAAGACGUUUAACACGCAAGCUCAGUCAGAGGCCCACAGUGGCUGAACUGCUGGAGCGGAAGAUACUUCGGUUUAAUGAGUAUGUGGAGGUGACAGAUGCCCAUGACUAUGACCGGAGAGCAGACAAACCGUGGACCAGGCUGACUCCUUCUGACAAGGCAGCAAUAAGAAAGGAGCUAAAUGAAUUCAAGAGUUCCGAGAUGGCUGUACAUGAAGAAAGCAGAAAAUAUAUACGGUUCCAUCGACCCUAACCUGCCAUUACACGAGGAAGAGGAAAAGCAUUAGGGGCUAGAAGCACUUACCUACCUGUCUGUUGUGCCAAUCUCAACCCCUACCCUUUGACUUAUUUACCUCGUUCCUGCACCCCAUGUAUGUUACUUUGCUGAGGGUAUUGAAGAGUGAUGACUUUUUUAGCCUCGGGAUUCCUACUGUCCAUAUUGGACUUUAGAAAUGUCUUUAGAAACUGGAAUAACAGCCCCCGUCAAUGUUUGCAAUGGGUUGCCAUUAACUGCUCUUCCACUCGUGCCUAGCGGGUGCCUUAUUACAAAUGUUAAAGAGGGCAAGGGCUGGCCCUGUCUCUUUCUUAAAGUAACAUCUCUUUCUAGCAGGGGAGGUGUUCAUUUCGCCCCCCCCCCCACCUGCAGGGAUGUCUGCGGUUUUGUGAUCUCUCUCAGGGAACGGUAGUGCGAGUGGUUUAUCUUAAUGGUCAAGCAGGUAAGUGAUGUUCAUAGCUUGGCCUUUUACUCGUGUACCUAUGUGUGUGGACUACUAGAGUAUGGACUGUAAUAAAUACUGUGAUUGUAUAUUCUAUAAAACACAGGUGACCACAAUACCCUAUCCUUCCAUAUAGGUUUCCUGCAUGACCUAAACACAUUAUGUAGAACGUUUUAAAGAAGCAUAGUGGCAACUAGAAGUACCCUAUAUUUUUUGCUUAUGUUCGUAUAGCCGCAUUGUUUCCCUAUAGUCCAGUGGAGUCACAGAGAGAUCAUAGAAUCGAGGUGUCAUGGCGCAUCUUCUUUGGCCCACAAACUUUUUUUUUUUUUUUUUUUUGGCUGCAGAAUGGAAGCAAAGCAUGGAGGUUAUAAAAACCGUUUUAUAAGUGAGGUUAAGAGAUAUUAAAAACACUAUGCCUUAAUGUAAUGUGCUUUAAAAGGGUUCUCCGGGUGGCACAGUGUAUGUGUAUCACCCAGGGUGCCCUUUGGCAUUAAAGGGAGCAAUUGCAACUGGAAUAUUAUGUCCUAACGUGUAUGUAUAUAAAUUUAUAUAUACUUGGAUUGGAUCAGCGUCUGUAUAUCAGUUUGUCUAGAUCUGAAUUUUAAUGACAAAAAUAAAAAAACAAUUAUUUUAGGAAAA